AUGUCCCUCCAAUACUACAUAAAUAAAAAGGUCAUCAUCCUAACAGUAGACGGCCGCACCCUAAUCGGUACCCUCCUCUCCACCGACCAGCUCACAAACCUCGUCCUCUCACAGACCGUCGAGCGCAUAAUACGAACCCCCGAUGACCCAGAACCCAGCUCGCAGGUCGAACAUGGCCUGUAUCUAAUACGCGGCGACAACGUCGUCAUCUGCGGCGAAGUCGACGAGGAAAUCGAUGGCGGCAUUGACUGGGCUAAGGUUAAAGGGCAGGUGGUUAAGGGCACGAAGAAUAUCUGA